AUGGGGGAUGUAGACGACGCUCUGACUAGCCUACAUUGGCUGCAGAAUCUGAACCUGAUGAAUCGCAUUGGCGCACCGACACCACCGACGCCUCCCGCAAGUCCUCCUCCAACGCAUAGUAGCGAUUCACCCAAAGGAACUGCCAUAAGAUGCUGCUCUGAACCUGCGGAAGAAGCCGUUGAUUACCGAAGCAGUAGCAGCAGCAAACCUCCUUACUCGUAUGCUACGCUCAUCUGCAUGGCCAUGAAAGCUAACAAAAAUAAAAUGACCCUCAGUGCCAUUUACAAGUGGAUACGGGAAAAUUUUCUCUACUACCGGAACGCAGAUCCAAGUUGGCAGUUACUUUCGCAGAACUCCAUCAGACACAACCUUUCUUUGAACAAAUGCUUCGUGAAAGUUCCACGAAGCAAAGACGAGCCGGGGAAAGGUGGAUUUUGGCGUCUGGACCCGGUGUACGCCGACUCCCUCAUCGAUGGAGUGUUCAAGAAACGUCGCAGUGCCACCAGUCGCUCCACAGUUCCACCAAAGCGUGCUCGGCGUGCACAGCAGCCUGCACUCCAAAGCUCGACCCAGGGAAGCAGCCCAGCUGUGAUCGUGGAACAUGUGGACCCUGCAGCAGUUGUCGUCAUGGAUUCCUCCAUGGUAACUGCAGCACAGACCAUAGACGAUGUGUGUGACUUGAGCGAUCCUCUGAAGGCAGACCUGUCGUGGAUUUUGACUGAGAACGACCUGGACCUCGAUCAGUUAAGAACGGAAACGGCCGUUUUACAACUCGAGGAAGAUUUGUUUGGGACGGACAACCUCGCUGUGUCCUCUAGUGCGGAUUGGUGGACGGGCUUUGGGCAAAAUGAAGCCGUCUGCGUGACACCACAAGCGACCACGCAGCAAGGCUUUGGACUUUUGGGUUCGGAACCUGAAAGCCCGACAACUGCGUUUGAGCAACAAGGUGUUGCGUCCUAUGGCGAAGUCUCAGUGUCCACUGCACCGUGGGCUGACUGCAAAGCUGCCUUGGAAGCUGCUGCGCUAGAACUUGAAACUUAUGCAGAGAUGGACCCGGUGCCCACGUACUGAUUAUUUUUCUUAUGGCCUUCCUGUCAGAGAAAUUAUACUGAAAGUAACUGCG